AUGUCCUGGGAAAACAGGACGUUUGGUCACCCUACCAUAGACAGAGUGGGCAUAAUCUUGAUCGAGCAGCUCACGAAGACGCUGUCGUUCAUCAUAAGGUUAUUUACAUCACUUACACUCACCGACCACAAGGCGGAGGUCCAUCCUCAUUCGGACGAGACGCCUGUGUGUGUUGGUGAGGGAGGCGGCCGGGAGAGACAGGAGAAAUGGAGAGACGAGAAGAAGAAGAAGAAGAAGAGGAAGAACAAGAGGUUUCGGAAGUUUGCCUCUUUCUUCUGUUGUAUGUUUCGUCCUAAAUCCACCAGAGCUCAGGUGGAGCAGGUGGAGCAGGGUGAGGUGGACCAGGACACUGACGAGGCCCCAUCCAGGAAGUGUACUGAUGAUCAGACUUCUCUACAGGACGUCAUCUGCUCUGUAGAGGACAAUGAUCAUCAGGAGCCUUCUGCCAGUGACCCUGAAGUCCUUCCCGCUGCCGAGGACCAGCCUCAAGAUCAGGACAGUCCAGUCAGUCCGUCAGCAGACGAGAGCGCACCACAUCUGCUGAGACAGCUGGACUGUGAUGAGAUCCCUGACCAUCCCAGACCAGUGCCUCUAGAGGUGGCAGUGACAGUCUUGGUCAAUCAAGGCCCCAGCUGUCGCCACAUUAAGUGGCUCUUGUUACUGGACUGGCAGGACCAUCUCGACCAGUAUAUCAUGGUCCUAGAGCAGCCCUCACCCUGCAUGGACAUGCACGAUUUUUGGCUGCAUUAUGACGGCCUCUUCAGUGAGGGGAUGGCCCGUCAUUUCAUGCAGCAGGUUAUCGACGCUGCUGCCGUGUGCUGUUCCCGGGGGGUCCUCCAUCGUGAUAUCAAGAUGCCGAACCUCCUGGUCAACAUAGAGACCCUGGAGGUGAAGCUGAUUGAUUUCGGCUGUGGGGACCUCCUGAAAAGCACAUUGUACAAAACCUACAGUGGGACAGCGAGGUACUGCCCUCCUGAAUAUUUUGAGAGGGGCGAGUACAAUGGGAAACAAGCAACCGUGUGGUCACUGGGAGUGCUCCUGUUCCGCAUGAUCACCAGCCUUUUCUCCGAGAGCAGCGAUAUCAGUCUGAUGGACACUGAUAUCUGGUCCCAGUCAGGCUUCUCCAAUGAGAGCUGCCGUUUUAUCCGAGGAUGUCUGAAGAGCGACCUGGGGAAGAGGCUUCAUUUAGAGGAGAUGCUCUUCCAUGACCGGUUUAAAGUCCCCCUGUAAGUCAUGGAGGACAGGGUCAGCCUUGCGUCUGGUGGGCUGCCAUGGG